AUGGACAAUUGCAAGUUUGUUUUAGGUGAUGGUUAUAAUAUAUCCUUUUGGCACUCAAAGUGGCUAGAGUCAAGGAGCUUGAGGGAGUUGUUUCCGAUGGAGUAUGCUUGUUCGAACUUGAAAUACGUGUCGGUGGCGGGGAUGGGAGGGUGGAGAACGAACGGAUGGGUGUGGGACAGGUUUGGUUUGGACGUGGCUGGGAGUGUUGGGGCGGACAGCAUGGUCCAGAAUAUUGCGGAUAUGUUGCAGCAGGUGCAGCCGGUUCCGGAAGUAAGGGACGGCGUCAUUUGGUUGGCGGAUCCGGAUUACUCCUUCACGGUACGUAGUUGUUAUGAUUUGUUUAAUUUCUACCAUCUUCCGCGAGGACCGGAUCUUCAUCUUGUAAGAGUUUUCUCCCUCAUUUGGAAAUUGGAGAUUCCUAUUAAAAUUAAGUUCUUUGGAUGGAGGUGUUUGCUUGAUAGGUUACCAACUAGGGACUUACUCUUGUAUAGAGGAAUUCCUAUCUCUUCUCCUAAUGUUUGUGUUUUUUGUGAGAUGGAGAAGGAGUCUUUGUCCCACACAAUUUUUUGUUGCCGUUUUUCUCGCUUGGUUUGGAAAGAUUUGGCUUCGUGGAUUGGUUUUACCGAGUUUCUUUUCGUGGAUGUUUGGAGUAGUUUCGAUGAUUGGCAUUCCUUUUGUAAAAAUAGGAAAGUGAAACCGGGUAAGGAAGGAAUUUUUUGGGCUGAAAUAUGUUGGUCUUUGUGGAAGGUGAGGAACGGUAUAAUUUUUCGGAAUGAUCCGUGGAGCGUUUCCGACAUUAUUUGGAACAUCAAAGAGCUUACUUGGAGAUGGUCCUUCAUUGGGAAAAUUACCCGAACCAAUUACAAUUUCUAUGAGUUUCUCAAUAAUCCUUUGUUGUAUUUUUCAUAG